AUGGACCUAUUCGCCGCUGGAAGAGGCGCCAACGUCUCAUACACAGAUGAGGACAUCCCGACUUUGUCGUAUAACAAUCUGGACUCACUUGAACAUAAUAUUGUUAUCAGCACUACAGCCAAAUACUAUGAGAACAAUACCUACAUUGACUGGAGCAGAGAGUCUCUCAUAGUACCGUCCACAUCUCUGUUCACAUCACGAAAAUGGUUCACAUUAAUAGUUCUGUCAAUAAUUGUAGGGUACACAGCUGCUUUCAUCGACUUGCUGCUGGUUUGGCUCAAUGACUUACGUAAGGGUGUUUGUUUCAGCAAGGUAGAUACAUGGUCUUUGUUGAAUCCGUAUCUGACAUGUCCAGCCGGUAAGUGGCACGACUGGUCAGUUAUCUUGUUCAACGCCAAGGGGUCUGUUUCCAACUGGUUGGUAAACUUCCCAAUCUAUACCCUUUUUGCAUUCUGCUGGAUCACUUUAGCAGCUUAUAUUACUAUCCAUAAGGAUCCGUUGAUUAAGCAAUCUGGUAUUCCUGAGAUCAAAUUGAUCAUCUCGGGCUUCAAUUACCGUAUCAACUACUAUCUUGGCUUGCAGACCUUGUUUUACAAGACGGUGGGUUUGAUUUUGGUGGUAUCUUCAGGACUCUGGUUGGGCAAAGAAGGACCCUUGGUUCAUGUUUCUUGUUGUAUCCUCAACAUUCUAUACGGCUUACUUGUAAACACAAGCUUUGAGAAUGAAGCUGUACGUAGAGAAUUGUUGAGUGCUGCCACUGCAACAGGAAUUGCUGUUGCAUUCAGCUCGCCUAUAGGUGGAGUAUUAUUUGUUCUCGAGAGUAUGGCGACUUUUUUCACACCCACAAAGAUCAUGUGGAAUUCGUUCAUUACAGCAUCUGUAGCUGUUAUUUUCCUCACUGGAUUCAGAGUAUUCACAGACGGCCUGAACUUCCAAGAAAAGGACUUAUUCCUGGUGGAAUUUGGGAACUUCUCUUGGUUGUUCUUGGAAAUCAUCCCAUUCAUCACUUUGGGAGCUUUGGGUGGAAUCUACGGCUACUUGUUCAUAACUGUAAAUUCGUAUUUUGACAAGUCCGGUGUCCGCCAUGUUAUCCAAAAUAGAUUGCUUUCACUCGUAGGUGCGAGCGGUGUAAAAGCUGGACAAUAUCUCGAAGUGUUCGCUGUCUUGCUAGUAACCAGUAUACUUACCUUUCCCAUUGACGAAACCAAGUUGCAGUUGAACACUUUCUUAACUAACUUGUUCACUGCUUGUCCUACAGAUACUGAUACUCUGGAGGCUAUCACUUUCAUUUGUCUGUCUUCUAACGGAAUUACCAUCUUGAAGUUGUCCUACAUCCUCAUCCAGGGAUUCAUAUUGUCCACUUAUAGUUUUGGAGUCAACCUCCCAGGAGGAAUUUUGAUGCCAUCGUUAGUACUUGGAGCAACUUCGGGUAGACUUCUUGGUUUGAUAACUCAAGCAAUCCAGACCAAGUUUCUUAGCUCUGAGUUCUUAGCUACUUGUACCGAGAGUUCUUGUAUAGUAUCUCCUGCCUCCUACGCUGUCAUCGGCGCAGCUGCAUUCAUGACUGGUGUGACCAAGUUGACGAUGUGUGUUGUAGUAAUCAUGUUUGAGUUGACAGGUGCUGUCUCAUACGUUUUGCCAAUUAUGUUAGCAGUGAUGAUUCUGAAGUUCGUAAACGAUGUUUUGUGCACCUCUAACAUCUAUGACACCUUUCUAAAGAACAAUUUUAACCAGCUGGAACAGAAUACAUAUGGUUACCCUAAUGAAGGAAAAGGUGCUGGGCUAGUCAACUUCACCAGUUUGACUUCUACUGUCAAGGAUAAACUCCCUGACAUUACCGUUAAGUCCAUAAUGGUUCCUCUUAACCGGACAAAGUGUCUUUGUCUUGUUCCUGAAACACACUACACGGUAAACUCGCUUAUCGAAUUCACCAACGGCGACACUCAUGAAGGUUACCCAUUAAUCCUCAAGUAUGGAAACCCUUUGUAUCUAGGGUACGUCAACAAACAUGAGCUUUUCUCCAAGAUCUCCAAUAUCGACGAUCGCAAUGCUGUAAUAAGUUUCCAGGUAGAUGGGUUACUGAGAGUGGCCAUCUCGCAACAGCUUCAUUAUGAACGAUCCAUCGGUUCAGUAUUACAACAGAUAGACAUCCCCGUAGAAAGGUCAAUGAUAAUUUUCAAUGAGUUGACUUCUGCAGUUCUCGUUCUCGAGACGUUUGAAAAGAUGCAUGUAAAUUACUUUGUCAUUUUGGAUAGCAACAACAGAAACGGCCAAACAAUGGCAGGGUUUGUAGAUAGAUUCGUCAUCGCUCAUUUGAUCGACCUGCAAUUUAAGGACUUGGAAGAUGAACUUGUGGGAGUGGAAGCAGCCAGCGAGUUUGAUAUAGAAAAUAACUUGGAGGAUGAGACACUCUUAGAUGCAAGAAGGAAAAGACUUAGUAUAGAAUUAAUCACAUAGGUAUGUAUUUAUAGAGCUAAUUGACAAACCU